GAAAGGGUUAACAGAGGGGUUUCCCAUGCUUUCGACCGUGAGCUCACUGCUUUUUGUUCAGACUCUGACUGGUAGUCACAUUGAACUAACGUUACUGACAGCUGUUCAACGGACAUUCUUUGCGACUUUACACAAGAGAGAGCAGUCAUGGGGAAAGGAUGCGUUACAGCCACCAAGUACUUCCUGUUCUUGUUUAACCUCCUGUUCUUUAUUUUUGGAGCUGUAAUCAUGGGCUUUGGACUAUGGGUCUUGCUGGAUAACCAGAGUUUCAUCACGGUUUUGCAGGAAUCCUCCACCACACUAAAAGUUGGCUCCUACAUCUUAAUUGGCAUUGGCUCACUCUCAAUGCUUAUGGGAUUUUUGGGCUGCAUUGGUGCCGUUUAUGAGAUCCGCUGUCUGCUUGGACUGUACUUUACCUGCCUCCUCCUCAUCCUCAUCGCCCAGGUGACAGCUGCUGUUCUCAUCUACUUCCAGCGAGACCUGCUGAAACAGGAGAUGUCCACUAUUGUAAACAAAAUUCUGGUGAACUACUCUGGCCAUAACAAAUCAUCAGAGCAUGCCUGGGAUUACCUCCAAAGAACGAUGAAGUGCUGUGGUUGGACUGGACCAUCUAACUGGACAGAGAACACGUUGGUGAAGAACAGUUCUGAGACUCUGUAUCCCUGCUCAUGUAGAAAUGAAUCCAUCAGUGGUACAGAAAUUAGGGAAAAUGGCCUGUGUCAGAGUUUGGCCCCAGAAUGGCCUGUCUACACUCAGGGCUGUGUAUCCAAUGUGGAAGACUGGCUCCUAAGGAACUAUGGAGUUAUUCUAGGAGUCUGUGUUGGAAUAGCAGUGAUUGAGCUUUUAGGGAUGAUCCUCUCCAUGUGCCUUUGCAAGACUGUUCAACAGGAGGAUUACUCCAAAGUACCUAAAUACUGAGAGCAACCCCCCCCCCCCCCACAGUGACUCACUCAUACACAUGAGAAUACACCAGUGUUAAAAUCACUCCACACCAGCAGAGCAACUGGAUCAAACCAGAAAACAUUUCACCACCUGUUGAUGUGUGUGCCGUACCGUACUGUAUAUUUACAGUACACACACCCGUUACUUUAUUUUCUAUUAACCCUUUAAAAAAACUAAAUAAAAUUGUCACCUUAAUUAUGAGAAAUGUUUCAUGAUGGCAAUAUGAAAGAAAAGAUAUUUAGAUCUUGUACAGUACUAUAAUGGUCUACAUGCAGGUAGCUCGACUGUGUUUUUAGGUUUCUAUGCUGUUGUGUUUAUUAGUUAUUACUCUGUGAGCACUUUAGUAAAUAGAGUUUGAUGGAUAUGGACAUUUAUACAAAGAAAAGGUCAUCGGAAAAUCAACACUUUUUUACUCUUCUUUUAUUUGUAUGUUAACAGAAAUGACAGUUUUAUGCUUUCAAUGUCAAUGGGGUUGGUUCUUCUUGAUGAUGAUGAUGAUGAUGAUGAUGGCUUUUCUGUGUAUAGACUAAAGUUCUGUCUCUUUAAAGGGUUUUGGUUGAUGUUAUUAGCAGGGGUUGGGUCACUCAGGGUGGAGUCAGGUGUGGUGAGGUUAAAGAUGGCUGCGGUCGAGAAAUAGAAGGGCAGACCAGAAGACUGUACCGUGGUAUAGUGUUUCUUGUGGUUUACAUGUUUGUCGGCCUGCAUCUCUUUGUAGAUCAGGGUGCGUUUGUGGAUUUAGGUUGGGUCCAUAUCCCGCAAUUCCUUGUGCUGUGCUAGUGUGGGUACAACAGCUGUUAAAAAAUGUAUGUCUAUAACAGGCAGUAGAUGUAAAGCACACUGAUUAUAAUCCUGAUUUUUUUGAUGGGAAAUCUCUCUUUUUGUUGCCAACUGGUUAACACAAACCAAAGCUUGGCCCAUUAUUGUUGAUUCUGUUUUAAAAUGUUCAUUUGUAGGAUUUCAAUAUUUCAUGCCAAGCUUGAUUUUUUAAACCUAUUUUUGUAAACCAUCAGUUGUUGUUCUCUGGCAUUUUUGAGGAAUAGUUUUGGCUGUAUUAUUAAUGCUGUAUCAAUAGUUUUAGUCAAGGAUUGAAGCAAACAAGAUGUUGGCAACUGUCUGUAUGGGUAUGAAGAAACACUAGAAGUAAUUUGGUUGAAAGGGUUGUCUGUAUUAAAAAUAUGGUGAAGCCUUGAAAGAUCACAAUAAUAACAUUGUUUUUGGUACUUCACAAGCCAUUUGAUUGUGGAGAAACAAGUCCUUUACUGUCAGUUUAGAGCUAGAAAAGACAGAUGAAUUUUUUUUCUAGCUGUAUAUUGUUUAUUUGCUGGACUUUUUAUAUUCAGUUGUGCAAAGAUGCUUUAUGCAGAAUUACAGUCUUUAAACAAUCUUUACUGUCUUUAUAUAAUAAAAAGCAAAUGUUUUCAACAUACCAACAUUGGGAUAAAUGUGUAUUUUUGGAAAAUUGAAGGGUUUUUAUAUAUUUUCAAUAUUUUCUAUUUAACAGAGAAGCCAUGUUCAUGUGGGUUUCAAUGGCUCCUCAAGUACUAUAACACAUGUCUAUGCAAUAGUUAUGCUUUUGAUUAAAUCGAACUUUCACAUUU